AUGGCCGACGAAGCAGCACCGACGUCCAAGAAGGGCGCGAAGAAGGCCGAGGCUAAGGCCAAGAAGGAGGCCAUGAAGGCUGCGCGCGCGGCAGAGCUCGCCCAGCAAGCCGCCGCUGUCACUCUCGAGGACGACCCCGCCCAGGACAACUACGGCACCAAGCCCGUCUUCAGCAAGGACGCCGAAGAAGUCGAAAUCCGCGAGCUGAACGAUUCCCACAAUGGCAAGACCGUCAUCGUCCGUGCAUGGCUUCAGAACUCUCGUGUUCAGAGUGCCAAGAUGGGCUUC